AGCAAACCCUCCGACGACCAACUUUCCAGCCUCCCCAAACGGAAGACCUCAGCCCGACCUCGAAAAAGACCUCAACUUGUAUACCUCGAUCUUCAUCCUACUCCUUUGGCCAUACAAGGCUCUCGUCUAUUGACUGCCCCCGAUCGGUGGUGUAUUCCCUCGACGGGGAGCAAUAAACACGCUCCAAAGCUCGAUCAACCACACUUGAACACCUUUUCCUCACGACGUUACGAUUCCUUACGAGUUCUACGAUCCCCUUUUUCAUGUUUCUACUGGCGACAAACUUUCUGUGUGUAUUUUCGCGACCUUAAUACUUUAUCCUGAACGUUUUCACUGCAUCCAAGAACAAAUUAAGAACCAUGGAACCACUUACACUGAAGCAACGCACUCCGGUCGAGAGCCCCGAGGUGGAAAACUGGGACGAUGACGACUUCGAGAAUCUGGAGGAUGUCCACUUCCGUACUGCCUCAACCGCGACGUCCGUCAUCUCUCAUCCUCAAACACACCGUCGAGAUUCAGUCUCGUCGCGCAUGUCAUUGCGAUCGGAGUCGAACCAGGGAGACGAAAAUUGGGAUGUACUGGUUGAUGAACAAGCCUCGAUCAAGGACGCAGUAGCCCUCGCGAAGAGCAAAGGAAUACCAUUACCAGCCAACAUACCGCGUUCUGCGUUGGAAGGUGGCACUAUACGGCGGUUGAAGGGAAAAGAGAUCAAAAAAGCAAUUGCGGACGACUGGUCAGAAGACUUGGAUUUACCUGGCACCGACAUUCCUCUCAAGCUCGCCAAACACGAUGACCGCGAUUUAUCGGAGAGUCUGCGACAGAUUAGUGCGGCUUUCCGAACGUCACCAAAAACCCCAGAAACGAAAGACAUGUUUGACCAAACAAUUCGAUCGCCAAAGUCUCGCUCGGCAGCAAUGCCUAUCACCUUGGAUGCCUUUCGCGAUACGGAUGAGGAUGCUGGCUUUGCAGACGUCCCGACCAUAAAGGUCGCAAAGCACAGGUCACCCCAGAAGCCGCUACUCUUCCGGCAACCUCCCACUCCAGUGAAGCCGGAAACUGAAAGCAUCGAAGACGAUCUCGAGUUGCCGUCCGAUGGACAGCUGCGUCUGUCCACAAGGAAACCACCCCCUUCAACGCCCCAGCAGAGCGACGAUUUUGACCUUGAAUGGGCUGAGGGCAGCCUGGGGACAAGGAACGCCGGCACCAGAAGAGGCGGCCGAUCUGCACGUAGCUCGUCCGCAUCAGCUUUGAGCCCCAGUGUUUCGAGCGCCUUCACAGCCGAGAGCGAAGAUGAAGGGCUUGAAGGGCUCGUCCUGCCUGACGGGCCAAUUCAAUUUGAGGACAAGCUCAAGCGACGCCAGCUCGACCAUCCAUCUGAGCCGCCUCGAAGUGUUCCAGAUCACAAAGACGACUCCAGGAUGACGGCGGGGAAGGACGACUUCUUUUCCGGUCUUGAGAUUGGAGAUGGAGAGGUUUUCGACGCUGCGAAAUUGACGCUGAACCGCAAUGUUAAGCACAAGAGUACACGACCUGCUAGUCCGUCGAAAAGGACAACAACCACGCUCAAUUUUACGAGCGCCAAAAGCCAGGGAACUAUCUCGCGGCUCCCGAGAUUUCAACCAGCUCACGACAGGCUUGAGCGUGCUCGGUCCAAUUUGGAACCUGUCUCGGAAACCGGCGCCGCGAUAUCAUCGUAUCAACGAGCAAAUUCAAGACUUGGUAACCAUGCAAGUCAUGCGUCUGUUUCAGCCAUCCCUGCCCCCCAAACUCCUUCUACUCCAUCUACCCCAAGCCGACGGCUACUCCGUGGUACUGAAUCUCGUCCUGAUCUGCGUUACGAACCGCCGACAACGACAAACGCGCAGCUGCUGCGUGCAAAGAGAUCCAUGCCAGCUAUGCGUGGAUUAACCUCGCCGACCAAAGCUUCUCCGUACGUCAGACCUCCUUCGCGGCAGGAGACGGGAAGUCGCCUGAAUAUACCGUCGCGUCCUAAAACUCCCACAGACCGGGCAGAGUCUCGCAUCGGGGAAUCCAGGAAAGGCGCAAUACCCUUCCUCCCUGCGGGUGCAUCCGCCGGACAGUCUCAGCAUGUUAGUAUCAAAAGUCAUUACCGUGGGCAGGGUUCCGAUGGCUCUGGCGACAGUAUGUCUGCUGCUCAAAGAUCCUUGUCUCGACUCGCCGGACUCGGCAGACCGGAGACGCCUGGCCGUGGCGUAGAUUCUGGACGUGGGCGAAACAACCUCACGCCUGCCGAAUUGGCGGCACAAGCCAAGAAAUCAAUUACCAAACCUGCGAGGCGCCGCAAUUAUGGUGAUGGAACGGAGCUUGAGAUUUUCGACGACCUCCCUACCUCUGCUACCAUUGAAUCCAAAUUUACAAAGGCACCUGUGGGCCGCGGUGCGCCGCGAAGUCUUCGAAGCAAGCUUGGACUGUCGCAUCUCAAUCCCUCUACAUCUUCCCUCACCAGUACCAGACGCGGCAGCGACACUCCUGUCCCUGCAACGCCAAUCUCACCAGCACCGAGGAGCGAUUUCCCGACCACAGCUCUCAAUACGACCAAUGUUCCCCGCUUUGCUCGCGAUACGGCGGCCUCCCGCAAUGCCCGCGAGCAGCGCCAGAUCUCAAGCACCUUUCAAAACAUGCGAGGCGAACCACUGCAACCCAUCUCGACAAACUGGAAGUCGAAUCCCGCGGCCGCCCGUCCUAGCAAUCAAGGAAGUUUGAGGAAAAAGAGAAGCGAAAAGACCCAAUUGAAGCCACACCUCAUCAAACCCAUGGGCAGCGAUUUGAAUCGCGCAAAGACAGAGAAAGGCAUGAGCUACAAUCCAUUGUUGUUUAGGUGGGAAGGCAACGAAAACGAUCUUGCCCCGUUCGACGUCCCAGACUUUUACCCUCGUGGUGGCAGCCCUGGGAUCCAAGGUCGAGGAAGCCCGGGUACGAAAGCCCAGGUGGCCUUGAUCUCCAACGUCGGCUCCAGUGUUACAGGCGUACAAGUCGUAGGGGGCAUGGUGUUUGACCCAUCACAAAUGCGAUGGCUCAAGAUCGCCGAGAACCCUGACGGAAGUGUGUCGAGUCUUCGAGGUGGUAGUGUCCAGAUCGAAGAGGAAGAAGACGUCUUUGCCGGCCUGGAAGACUUGAAAGAAGAGGACGAAACACGGAGUCGUAGCGGCACGCUUCAGAAUAUGUCAAAUAUCGAGCAAUCGAGGGAUUCGUUUGGCGAUGGAGAGGCCGGCCACAGCAGUGGUGAUGAGUGGGGCAUUGGAGUCAGCGAAGAGUUUGACGUGGGCCCCGAGUUUGUGCGAAGACAGAGAGGCGAAGAGGAAAGAUGGCGGCGGAAAGUGGAAAAGUGGCUGAGAAAGGGCCUGGAAGUGGAAGAGGAAGAAGGUCCCGAUGGAAGAGGAGGAUGGAGGUGGGCGAUUCGUGAGCUGGUGAUGGAGCAAGGUGAGGCUUAGGAGAGAUACGGUCGGGGGCCGUAAGCUGCGAACAGUUGUACAGUAUAUGGGGAGAAGGACUCACGAUACGUGGCGGGCGAGGCUGCUGUGCCUUCUUGGAAAGAGCUCGCAAAAGUCAAGCGACAAGUAUACCUCUUAUCUACCUUUUUUGCGACCUGGGAUACCAGUGCGGGAGCUUGAUCUUCCAGGUUUCCACUGAAGAGACCCUGAAUAGCAUUCCCGUCAAGACCGUAGAUGAAGAGGGAGUCCUAUACGGCCAGGCUGGUCAUCCCAGAAGCGGACAGUGAUGUUGCUAUGGCCCACGCACAUGGUGUCUCCAACGCCGAGCCAGUGAUAGCGAUAGGGUGUAGCAGAGGCAUUGUUUGGAGACCAGCAAAGUAGGCG